AUGAAGAAACUUCCUUUCAAGCCUACUGCGCUGCGCAAGGCUGCCCCGAAGCCGUCGCAGCCAGAAGAGGCAAAGGAAAGUGACGAUGACGGUCUAGCUCUCUUUCGCCGUCGAAAAGAGAUGGCUCCUAUUAUGGCCGCUGACCUGGAGCGACGCUUGAAGAAACGUCGCGCCGCUGAGGAGGAGGAAGAGCGUCGACGACUCCAGAUUACGGGAGAGAAACGAACGCGCGAUGAUUCUGAAGAUGCUAAAGACUCCGAAAUCCCCAGUCAAGGUGAACCCAGCAACGCCCACGAAGGCCCUUCAUCUGCUCAACUAAAUAACGAGACUCCCAUUGCUGAGCCGGCUUCGACACAAGAUGGACAUGAUCAGACCAGGUUCGCAUCUCUACUUCACAACUUAGGACCACCCUCUGACCAAGCCAGUGAACUCGUAACUCCUCCUCCCUCCAAGCGAUCAAGACUCGACUCAAACUCGACUCAGAAGCCGAUGCUAAGUGCGCAACUCGACGACGACGAUGAACACGACCCUUUCCCCGAUGCAUCGCCAACCCCAAGAGCGCGCCCACAGCCUAGUUCCCCAAGCCCGAUCAGAAGCCGAAGGCCAGAGCCCACGUCGGCACAAAACCAAGUCGUGCAGUCCAUCACAAUCGAUUCAGACUCGGAUGACGAGGUGAGACCAACCCAACCGAUAAAGCGACGGAGUAGCAGCAUCGAGGCCUCUACAAAGUUCCUCAAGGAGACUACACCACCAGUGGUUGCAGAAGAGGAUGAUGAAUUUGCGGAAUACAUUCGAAAAGCUCAGGAGAAUCGUGCCCGCCAGCAAGCUUUACAGUCCCCCGACACGAAUGCAUCGCCAAAGAAGGAGUCUAUCAGCGUCAUGAUUACCAGUAGUAUACCCAAUUCUGGCACCUUGGUGGCCAGAUUUUUGUUCGACAAACAACUCCGUGUUGCACGCAACGCAUGGGUAUCGCACCAGCGAAAAAAGGGUCUGCAACUCAAUGCCGAUGACAUUAUCCUCACGUGGCGUAGAACCAAAAUUUACAAUACUUCAACCCUGAAUGGUUUGGGAAUUCGACCUUGUGGUAAUGGACGGGUGGAAGCUGACGGUCUUGGCUCUGCGGGAUUCAGCAACAACCGGUCUGUGGUACAUAUCGAGGCCUGGACCCCUGAGCUUUUCCAGGAAAUGGAGCAGAACGAGGAGCUGCAACGCAGACGGGAUGCAGGUGAACUCUCUGACGAGGAAGAGCCCCAGCAGGAGGAAAGGGAGAGAUUUAUAAUCACGCUCAAGGCUCGAGAUAUCCAGCCGCUUGAGUGUAAGGUCAUGCCAGAAACAACUGUUGACACCCUGAUCGCCGUCUUCCGCAAACAACGCCAAAUCGGUCCCGAUAAGGAGGUGUCCCUUUGGUGGGAUGGCGAUCGCCUUGAAGAGCACAUCGAGAUGGAACAGGCCGAGAUCGAAGAGCAUGAUACUAUCGAGGUGCACGUUCAGUAA